CAGAAUUCAGAGAACAGAAAACUGGAGCAGCUCCCUGACUUAUGAACUGAAGCUCUGUGUUCUGCAGGAAUGGUGGUAAAAACGUGGAUGCCGUGGCUGCUGGUGAGCUCGGUCCUGUCACAGGGCUGCUGCCAGCACUGGUCAUUUGGUCUGAGUCCUGGAGGGAAGCGAGAACUGAAAUACUUUCCAAACACACUGGAAAAUCAGAUUAGACUCCUUAACAGCAAUACACCCUGCAGUGACUUGAGCCACCUGGAGGAGUCAUCUUUAGCAAAGAUUUACAGAAUAAAAGGGCUUCUUGGGAGUGUAACUGAAGCAAAAAACGGAUACCGAACAUACAAAUGAUGUCUGGUAAAAUAACAAAGUGUCUCUACUGUAUGGGAUAUUUGACUUUGAUUGCUAAUCGUGAAUAAAAGCUGUUUCUUCUGC